AUGUUGGUAUUUCAGUUUCCUGAACGCUGGAGGUCGUCGUUGCGCCACCUUGAGUAUUAUGUAGAGAACAAAGAACGUGAAUGCAUUUCCAUUCAUGUGGGCCAAGCUGGGGCUCAGAUUGGGAAUGCAUGUUGGGAACUGUACUGCCUGGAACAUGGGAUUCAGCCAGAUGGACAGAUGCCCUCUGACAAGACUAUUGGAGGAGGAGAUGACUCCUUCAACACCUUCUUCAGUGAGACAGAGGCAGGGAAACAUGUUCCAAGAGCCAUCUUCGUUGACCUGGAGCCUACUGUCAUUGAUGAAGUUCGAACAGGAACUUACCGUCAGCUCUUUCACCCCGAGCAGCUGAUUACAGGAAAGGAAGACGCUGCCAACAACUAUGCUCGUGGACACUACACAAUUGGAAAGGAGAUCAUAGAUCUUGUUCUUGACAGGACACGCAAACUGGCUGAUCAGUGCACCGGCCUGCAGGGAUUCCUUAUCUUCCACUCCUUUGGUGGAGGCACUGGCUCUGGUUUCACCUCCCUGCUUAUGGAGAGACUUUCUGUCGAUUAUGGCAAAAAGUCAAAGCUAGAGUUUACCAUCUACCCUGCCCCCCAGGUUUCCACAGCAGUAGUUGAGCCUUACAACUCCAUCCUGACCACUCACACCACCCUGGAGCACUCUGACUGUGCUUUCAUGGUGGACAAUGAGGCCAUCUAUGACAUCUGCCGUAGAAACCUUGAUAUUGAGAGACCAACCUACACUAACCUGAACAGGCUGAUUGGUCAGAUCGUGUCAUCCAUCACGGCCUCACUUCGCUUUGAUGGAGCUCUGAAUGUUGACCUGACCGAGUUCCAGACCAACUUGGUGCCUUAUCCUCGUAUCCACUUCCCUCUGACCACCUAUGCCCCGGUCAUCUCUGGUGACAAAGCCUACCAUGAGCAGCUGUCUGUGGCUGACAUCACCAACACUUGUUUUGAACCAGCCAAUCAGAUGGUGAAGUGUGACCCUCGCCAUGGUAAAUACAUGGCCUGCUGUCUGCUGUAUCGUGGAGAUGUGGUGCCCAAAGAUGUCAACUCGGCUAUUGCAGCCAUCAAAACCAAACGCACCAUCCAGUUUGUGGACUGGUGCCCCACUGGCUUCAAGGUGGGGAUCAACUACCAGCCUCCAACCGUGGUUCCAGGUGGAGACCUGGCCAAGGUGCAGAGAGCUGUGUGUAUGUUGAGCAACACCACAGCCAUCGCUGAGGCCUGGGCCAGACUCGACCACAAGUUUGACCUCAUGUAUGCCAAGAGGGCCUUCGUCCAUUGGUAUGUUGGUGAGGGCAUGGAGGAAGGAGAGUUCUCAGAGGCCAGAGAAGACAUGGCUGCCCUGGAGAAAGAUUAUGAAGAGCUCGUCCCUCCCGCCAAUAACCUAAGCAGCUGCUUUCUGUGGUUUUCCGCCCGCCCCCUCCACAUCCGUGCCUAUAUAAGCCUCGGCUCGCCCCUUCCUCUGCACUUCUUUUUUGUGUCUGAUUCCUCAACGUCGGUCGAAGGACAAGCAGACAAAAUGCGUGAGUGUAUUUCUAUGCACGUUGGCCAAGCUGGGGCCCAAAUGGGCAAUGCAUGUUGGGAGCUGUAUUGCCUGGAACAUGGGAUUCAGCCAGAUGGACAGAUGCCCUCUGACAAGACUAUUGGGGGAGGAGAUGACUCCUUCAACACUUUCUUCAGUGAGACGGGGGCAGGGAAACAUGUUCCAAGAGCCAUCUUUGUUGACUUGGAACCCACUGUCAUUGAUGAGGUGCGAACAGGAACUUACCGUCAGCUCUUUCACCCCGAGCAGCUGAUUACAGGAAAGGAAGACGCUGCCAACAACUAUGCUCGUGGACACUACACAAUUGGCAAGGAAAUCAUAGAUCUUGUUCUUGACAGGACACGCAAACUGGCUGAUCAGUGCACCGGCCUGCAGGGAUUCCUUAUCUUCCACUCCUUUGGUGGAGGCACUGGCUCUGGUUUCACCUCCCUGCUUAUGGAAAGACUUUCUGUCGAUUAUGGCAAAAAGUCUAAACUUGAAUUUGCUGUGUACCCUGCCCCCCAGGUUUCCACAGCAGUAGUUGAGCCUUACAACUCCAUCCUGACCACUCACACCACCCUGGAGCACUCUGACUGUGCUUUCAUGGUGGACAAUGAGGCCAUCUAUGACAUCUGCCGUAGAAACCUUGAUAUUGAGAGACCAACCUACACUAACCUGAACAGGCUGAUUGGUCAGAUCGUGUCAUCCAUCACGGCCUCACUUCGCUUUGAUGGAGCUCUGAAUGUUGACCUGACCGAGUUCCAGACCAACUUGGUGCCUUAUCCUCGUAUCCACUUCCCUCUAGCCACCUAUGCCCCUGUUAUCUCUGCUGAGAAAGCCUACCAUGAGCAGCUGUCUGUGGCUGACAUCACCAAUGCAUGCUUUGAACCAGCCAAUCAGAUGGUGAAGUGUGACCCUCGCCAUGGUAAAUACAUGGCCUGCUGUCUGCUUUAUCGUGGAGAUGUGGUGCCCAAAGAUGUCAACUCGGCUAUUGCAGCCAUCAAAACCAAACGCACCAUCCAGUUUGUGGACUGGUGCCCCACUGGCUUCAAGGUGGGCAUCAACUACCAGCCUCCAACCGUGGUUCCAGGUGGUGACCUGGCCAAGGUGCAAAGAGCUGUGUGUAUGUUGAGCAACACCACAGCCAUCGCUGAGGCCUGGGCCAGACUCGACCACAAGUUUGACCUUAUGUAUGCCAAGAGGGCCUUUGUCCAUUGGUAUGUUGGUGAGGGCAUGGAGGAGGGAGAGUUCUCAGAGGCCAGAGAAGACAUGGCCGCUCUGGAGAAGGAUUAUGAAGAGGUUGGCACUGAUAGUAUGGGAGAAGAGGAUGAAGAGGGAGAGGAAUAUUAAGGGCUCCAACAUCACCAUGCAUUCCAAAUGUUGUUCACAUUCCCAGCAACAUGUUGAAAAUGUCUGAUGGUGACAUGUCAGUAAUAUCAAUAAAGGCCUAAGGAGCAUUUCUUAAGUGUGUGAUUUUCUUUAAAUCUCUCUCUAAUAUGUCUACUUGAACAUAUUACAUGUUUAAGAUUUGACCAUAAAAUAUACCAUAAUAAUAUAAAACCUUUCAUGAAAAUAGUUAUUAAAUAUCAUCUUAUAGGUAGUUACAUAUAGCAGUGGAUUUUUGCUGCACUCUGAACUGGGUUUACUUGC